GCCUCGAAGAAGCGCAAGCGCUCCGAGCCGAAAGACACGCAAGACGCCAACCCCCGACCGACUAAGCUCCGUGUUAGCAACCCUGUCAGGACCAGAGUGCCGCCGUGCAUAUGGAACAACGUCUUUGGAUGGAGUCAUCCCAAUACGCUGCUUACCUGUCGCGAUAUGCAGUACUUUCGGCCGCUGCUAGUCAACCACACCGUAGUGUGGCGAGAUAGCCGAGUCAACACGUACGGCAACGAGAUUCCAGACCCUCUUCCGGGUCUCACUGAAGAAGAGUAUGCCAACCUCCUCAGCAAUCGUACGGGCUGCCAGGUUGCAGGGUGUGGAGACAAGCUCGCGAGGAAGACCUACUGGGCCUUUUGUAAGCGUUUGUGCCAGGCUCACAUGAGCACAGAACUCGUUAUGGACGCCCUCAAUACUAUCAAGGAGAGGCUAGGAGCAGCACACGUCGCCCUUGCACUCGAACUUCUGAAGUGCGUCACAUCCGGAACUAGGGACUCUUGGAAGAACUAUACCAAGGCCGGGCCAGCCACGGAGCGCUUCACGACCAGCAUCUACCACGUCACGGAGCUAAAAAAUGCCAUUGAGGCCUUCUUGGCCACGUUCCCGGACCUCAACACCGCCUCGGUGGACGAGAAGAAGCUGUACUUCAAGGAGAAGCAGAAGUUGGCCGCAGAGAGGGAAGAGUUUGCCUUGAAGGUGGAGAAGUUCGAGAAGGAGGAGGCACGGAGGGUCCGUGACGAGAACGCACGGUUGAAGAAGGAGCGAAAGGAGGAAUUUUCCCUCCGGGCGGGGGAAAUGGUCCCCCCAAUGGCCCCAGAAGUUCUGGUUCUUUGCCCAAGUUACAAGAAGUCCCUAAACAUCGCAAAGGCCCCCACGACCCAGUCGUGGUCGUACUUGUUGGAGAAGUUGGAGAAGGAGAGGGGGGAGGCGGAGGCGAAGCAUGCACGUAACGUGCAGAACAUGAUGUAGAUGGUAGUCCGAGUAGCAAUCUAAUUCUUUUGGUUCUUGUUUCACUUUUGGCGUAGUAGGGCAUGAUUUGGAGCACCUCUGGGAGUGCUUUGCACUCGUAAAAAAGUCUGCUAUACCCCCGGCUGAUUAGCAGCCCAUGACUCGGCCUUCUGGAUAGGCCAUAUAGAUCGAAUUGUACACUUGAACAUCAUAUUUUUCUCUUCAAAUCGUGAGGUGUGUAUCUUCGAACUGCGACCGUGGAUACGGUGCUGAAGCGCUUCAACUCCUUAUGAAGGGCUGCAAU